AUGGAUACAGAAUUUUAUUAGCUUUAAACGCGUAAAAAAUAAAUAUCAUUUAAUUUAGAGUCACAAUUACAUAGUCUGGAAUUUGGCUUAUGGUUGUAGCUUUCAAAAAGGCUGACUUAACACUGUAAAAUCUUUUAGGUCCUACAAUAUUUAUGUAAAAUUAUCUUCUAAUUAGUUGAUUCUUUGGUCUCCUAUUUGGAACCCAAUAAAUAAAUAAAAAAUAUUAUCAAUUGA